AUGUUGGAACAACGAGCUGGAACUGAAACAACCGUCAUAGUCACCGUCACAGUAUUGCCCUCUACAGUGCCUGCAUCUCCCUCAUAUACCAACUCUACCGACUUUGAACAAGAUGUUUUGAACCAGACCAACUAUUAUCGUCACAAAUACAAUGCCAGCGAUCUAAUAUGGAACGACACUCUCGCAACACACGCCCGACAAUGGGCCCAGCCAUGCAAUUGGAAACAUUCGGGCGGCCCAUAUGGCGAAAACCUGGCAGAAGGCUAUGCCAACGUCACAGCAGCCGUCGAUGCCUGGGGCGAUGAGAGCGCCAAAUACAACUUUUUAGAGCCCACGGGGUUCAGUGAGCAAACUGGGCAUUUUACGCAACUCGUCUGGAAGGCGACCACGGAUGUCGGAUGUGGUGUCGCGGAUUGCCCGGCUGAUAAUGCCAAUAAUGAAGGCCGGAGAGCAGUUGGAUGGUUUCUGGUGUGCGAGUACUGGCCAGUAGGGAAUGUGGAGGGCGAUGAUAAUGAGUACUUUAAGGAGAACGUCGACCGGUCAAUUUCUCAAGCUCACGGAUUCAAAGAGAAGAAAGGGUUAGGUGCUUGCUUGACGCUCACCCUUGGGGUGAUUUUGAUACACUUGCUGUGA